CUAUCCGAGUCGGUCGUUACACCCACGAGGCACGCACCAAGAACAUCAUCGAGGUGAAGAUCCUGCACGAGCACACAGAGGAGGACGCGACCUCCGACGGACGUACCCCCGCCAGUGUCUCCAGCGAGAACCUCGCCUUCUUCCGGAGGCAGCAGCAGGAGAUGGAGGAGAGGCGACAGCUACAAAUCAAACUACAGCGCCAACAUUACUUGCUGCAGAGAGAGCACAAGCAACGACACAGCGAUGUGGCCAAGACGGAGAGCAACAAAUCGUCAUCCACGUCAGGCCAGUCGGGCGCUGAUGAAACGACGCUGCCAUCAUCAUCAUCAUCUUCUUCUUCGUCAUCUUCAACCACUACUUCUUCGUCUUUGGAGAAACAUUUAAAACCCUCUUAUAAACGAGUGCACCCCACCAAAAUCUUGGACAUCGACAUUUUCUCAGGUCUGGACGACAUUCUCAACGACAGUAUUCGGGAAAACCCCGAUGCUAAAAAGAGAAACACGUCUGUAGUAUCGGGAAGUCCCCAUCCCGACAGUCCUGGCGAGGCUUUGUCUUCCUCCACCGCUCACUUGGACCGCGCUGUCCUCCCCUCUACCUCAAACUCCGCCCUGGUCUGUCGAGAGCUGUUGUCCUCGUCGCCCUCAUCUUCCUCGUCGUCGGGCGAUGAGGAGGAGGCAGCAGUCGCCCUCCGGGAGCGUUUGGAGGAAGCGCUGAGAGAGACGAGUGUGUUCAACGGCCACGUCUUGCUGAAGGACCAUCUGGGCUUGUUGGAAAACUUUCAGAAAAUCAACGUGAGUAGAACCCGCCUGGAGCUCCCCCUGUUCCGCUCCACCGCCGACCACCUGGACUGCAUCAUCCAGACGCUGGUGGAGAACCACAACAAGCUGAUCCUAGUGUCCACCUACUUCCCAGACAAGUACAUCUCCGACAAGGCGCACACGCACCUGGUACACGUUGGAUACUUUGAGGCCUUUCUGCGUCGUCUCAUCCGCUUCGCCAAGACAAUCCCUGGCUUCAAAAACCUUCCACUUAACGAUCAGUCACAGCUCAUCAAAU